UUUGAUAGCUUUUAUAUUUUACCGCAAAGUGUUCCUAUAUAAUAUAAUAAUUCACUUAACUAAAAGCAUGGGUAUAAUUUUUAAACAUAGAACAAAUUGAUGAGAAAGCUUAGAGCACAUUUCUUUAAUUUAUUUUUCUAUGUCUUUUUUAUUAAGCCAUUUAAUAUCUAUGAAACGUCCUCAUUAUGAAUCUUGGCAACCACAACGUAUUAGUUUUCUUGAUAUGAACAAAACGAAUACAGUUUAUUUCAGUUAAAAUGUGGCUCUUCUAUAUUUAUAAUGAAAUCGUUUUUGGCAAUGAUGUCUGGUAAUCGUAAAUUGGUUCUGAACAAAAUAUGGUGAUUUUGCGUAAACUAAGUUACCUGUAGUUAAAAAAUUAGCAUAGUUUUUCAAUUAAAACGCACGGUAUUGGUCUAAAAUACGCACAAAUAUGUACAAUUACUUAUAUGCAAGUAUGUUGUUUGAAUAUGGCGUGGGUUAAUUGGUUGUGGUGUACUGUUUAAAAACGAACAAAAAAUUUGAACAAAAUUCCUUGUAAUUGUUGUAAACUUUUUGUGUUAUUGUAUUGUAAUUACAUUUAUUAUAAAAAAUAUCUAACGAAAUGUUGACUUGUAAUUGUUGUAUAUUGGUUAUCAAAAUAACGUGGAAUUUAAAAUGCCUUUUUGUUUUUGUCUUGGCGUGCGAUCACGUAAUGUAUGUAUAGAAUUGUUUUUCGGUAAAUGUUUAAAAAUAUGGCAUUUUGUAAAAUUUGAAAUGACUAAAAGGGCAGAAAUAUUAAUAAAAGCUGUAUAAGAAUUAAAUGGAUAUUUGAAAAAAAGAGGGGGAAAAAUGGCUUCUACUCUGCAUCGCAUUUCUUCAAUCAACACUGAUCGACGACGGUAUACCGUGGCAAGUGAGCCGUAAACGAAUUUCGCAGAAAUAUUAAAAAGUUGAAUUAAAAUGUAUUACUAAAUACAUUACCGUGCAAAAAAUUAACAACAUAUAUGUAUUAGGGUGUUGGAUCGAUCUCAUUAUUUUGGUUCCUCAUUGUAUGCGAGCAGUUCACGACUUCGCAUUGCAUUGCACAACUAUUCAUCGUACGCAUGAGCAUAUCAACGCAAUUGCAACGCUGUUUAGCAGUUAUAAAAUCACGAAACCUUCUCUAGUCAAAAGCGCCCCCGCCCACAAUAGUAGCAGUAGCACUACCCUAGAAAACAGCAACACAGCAGAAAAGCCUACACAUAAUUCGCGCAAAAAAUCUGCAAUGUUGGAGCCACGUAAAUGCGCCCCAAUGUCAUCACAUUCUGUUUCUAGUUCACGUAACCAUUCAAUUUCACCGACCAGUCUGCGUGAAAAUAGUCCGAUUAUCACAGACGCUGAAGUAGCAGCUGAUCCUAAAUUGAAUAUGAAAUGUGCAGUCGUGUUGCGGGAAAAUGAGGAAGUUCUUAAAUAUAAAAAACAAGAGAUUGCCUUCAUCAACGAUUUGUUGGAGAAGCAGAGAGAAAUGCAGCGACAACGCGCGCUGAAACGACAAGAACUUCAGAAUAUUUUAAAGAAAAAGUGUGAUGAGGGUAAACGUUUGAUGGCGGAAAUUACGGAAAUCAAAAGGCAGCGAGCUGAGGCGCAAGAGAAGAGUUUACUAGCACAGCAGAAACAACAACAAUCAACUAAUAUUUCAAAUCGUAAACGUGUGCUUGUGAGGGAUAGAAAAAUAAAACUUAAAGCGAAAACAACAACAACAACACGGUCUGCAACACCCACACGCACGGUGGCUGGGCAAGGUGAUGCUAAGACGACUGAAAAUGAAAUAGAUAAAAGCGUCGCCGAAGCAGUGCAAGCGGCGAAAGGGGACUCGUUGGAAGUAGCAGCUAAUGCCAAGUCAUUAAUUGAUGUUGCCGCGGCGAUAACUGAUAUAUCAGGCGAAAAAUUGGUAACUACAACACAAAUGCCACCAGAAAUUGGAAAUGACUUAGCCGAAGUAAUACCGCAAUCACCAAAAAAACGCGCUCAGUCACCCAGCAACGUAUCGGAAAUAGAAUCGCCCACUGCUAGUAGCAGCAUUAAAACGCAGGAUAUGGAUAUAGAGAGUAAAGCAUUACAAAGUACUGGUGACUUUGCUGCGAUUAACGUUGAGGAAGUUCCAAAAGCGAACCCCGUACCAAUGAAAAAGUCGGCUAAUAAAACAAGUUUGUCUGAAAAACCGAAAUUACCCAUAGUAAAAGGAAAGUUGACACCAGCAACGCAUGCACGGUGUGUCAGAUCAAUGACACCCGUGCGAAGUGUGGUGGAAGCGCCUGCAACUAAAACUACAGUUUCGUCUACACAAACCCCCUCGGACAUCGAACCGACUCGUCAAAAUGCGCUACUGAAAUCUUCACUUUCGUUUUCUUCGCUCAAAUCCUCUAGAACGCAUCUAUUGCGAGCACCAUCAUUAUCACCAUCCAUAUUCAUGCCCCGAAAUCGUGUUGAUGUGCGCCAGAGUAUGAGAGAUCAUUCUAGCAAUACAGAUUUCACGUCAAGCACCAAGUCGUGGUUUCUACAUGCAUCAGCACGAACGUUUACCAAAACGCUAAAGGUGCGUCUGAAGCGUUUACAGCAUUUAAAUCUGAGAUCUUCUCCGUCAUAUUCAGCCGAGAAGAAUGACAAUAAUAAAUCAGCAAGGCCAGCGUCAACCAUACCUGUCUUCUCUAAUAAAAGCGUUACAAAUGUAGUACCACUGGAGGAUGCCAUUAAACGCAUUGAAGAGCCAAAACUUUCGAUUUUAGAACUUUCCCCUAGUAAAACUGAACGCGUUCAAAAGUUGAAGCAACGACUGAAAUCGCAAUUGCUAGAGAUGGAUGAAAAAUACGGUGCCACUGUUACAAAGGUUAUUGAAAAUGUACUUAUAAAUGCAUCUAGGGAAGAAACGCCGAAUCCACCUACGUCAACGGCCGAGAUACGUGCUAAGAAGGCGGUACGUCGCAAGGCACAACGGAAACAAACACAACAUAGUAAAAAGUUAAAAUUGUCAGGCAAGGCGACUAGCGAACAUAAAGAAAGUAAGAGACAACUCGAUAUCACGAGUAGUAAAUCCGAUGAUAAAAAGGCUAAUGAAGACGCAGGCAAGACAGAAAAUGGGGCGCAAUGUGAUAGCGAUAGAAUUGAACUCGAUAAUACAACAGCUAACAAAAUGGCGGAAAAUGAAAGCAAAAAUACAGAUAUCAGUGCUAAACCAUGUAUUGCGCUAAACGAAAACACUGAGGAAGAGGAUACAAACUGUCGACAAGAAAAUUGUGCGAAGGAGCAGGAAGCUCCAGAGGAGCCAGCGAAGCAAGACCGGCAUGAACUAGUUGAUGAAGUAGCUAUAAGUAUUUGCAAAGAAACCAGUGCAGAUGUUGCAAUGGACAUUGGUGAUGAUACCAAUACAGUUGAUCAGAAGCUCAGAAGUAAGCUCAUUCACGAUGGUACCACGACAGUUGAUGAAAAGCUCAGAAAUAAACUGGCGCACGGUGCGAUAGUUACGCAAGUUGUGGACGUGACUCCUGGCAGACAUGUAAAGGAUAAUCUGUUGGGUGAAAUAUUGAUAGUCCAAGCUACAUCCAAAUCAGCAGUGUCGAAUAACAUUGAGGUGCCGAAAAUCGAAAGUAAGACAAGUAAUGCCCAAACAGUUGAUGCAGAUAUUGCUUCAAGCGCUGAGAAGAGCGUUGAAGAGCUUGAAGAGCGUUGUUCUACACCACCUUCUCUAGACUUGUCAUGUAUAAAGCCAAGCUCGACACUGCCUGAGGAUGCCAUUAAACAAGCACCCACAGGAAUAUCCAAUGAAAUGGCUGCUGCUGAUACGAGUCUUGCCAUGCCAGCAAAUACAACGGCAAAACCACAAACAACACCCAAUUUAAAAUCCAAAGAAUUGCAAAAUAAAAAAAAGGAAUCUCUCAUAGCGACAGGCGUAAUAUUGUCAAAGAUAUCGUCAUGCGAUUCAAUUUCAUCUAACCUCGAAAUUGUUCCCGAUCCACCGACUUCGAUUGGUUUACAAAACGAUUCGCAUACGCGUUCGAUAAUGCCCAUUGGUGACAACACAAGUGAAAAUGCAAAGCCAACAGUAGCUGAAAAUCAUGAAAACCGUAACGAAUUCGUCCGCUUGGAAGUUAGCACAUCUUCCCUGUGUGGUGAUGAAGAAUCCAGUAGUGAUUGUUUGUUGUCGCAUUUAUCAAAACAAGUACGAAAAAUUUCUGAUUUAGAUAGUAUUGUUGAUGCAAGCACCGUGCAUGUGAUUAAGGAUGCCACAAUGACACUGAUGAGUUUCGAAGCCACGCCAACGUUGCCAACUUACUUGCUCAAUGGCGAAAGUCGCGAUGUGCCCACGCCGCCUGCCAUAUCAACACCGGUGCCGACACCUCUACCCAUUCUCACCACUGAGGUGAUAUCGGACACUGAGCAACAAAGGCAUACAGCAACACCGACAUCAGCAUUGCUUGAAUCAGCUAAAAGUGAAUUGACACUAACGCCGGCGCAGGAACCUAAGGAAAACAAACCAGAUCGAUUGCAGAAGUCGGAUUUCCAAACGAGUACAACCACCAGUUUAGAAAAUGAACCCGAACAAGUGCCAGAAAAGAAUAUACCAACAGUCGCGCUACCCAUGCUGGUUGAACAGGAACUAGAGAAGCUCACUGGAAAGCCACUACUUGAAAAUACAAUAAAUUCAACGGCGCCGGGGAGUGCAAUAUCGACUUCCGAUCAUGAAGUAUCUUCAACACAAGAGCUCGUCUACAUACCAUCUACAAAGCGUUCCAAUUCGAAUACCCUCAACAAUUCAUUAGAUAUGGCAACACCCACACUCGUCGAAGAGGCCACGAUGGUUGUACAAAAUAGUCAAAUCGAUACGACGCAUCACUUACCAGAAAAUUCAUACUAUAUGCGCCGACGAGCACGCAAGUUUUCGGAUGAAUUCACACUACGCGAAAAUAAGGGUGACAAUACCGUCACAAAAGUGGCACUGAAACAACGACGUAAGACCUUCUCUUCCGAAUCGAGUUUGCACGUACAAUUUGCACCGAAUACAUUAUUUACCACAAAUGAAAAUACCCUCAUAAGUAGUAGAGCUACAACUAGCGCUUCAACUAGUAGCGGCUUGAAAAGUGGUGGGGGAGGUAGUGGUGGCAGCUCCCCAUCUACCACCACUGAGCCAGUGACCAAACACACCCACCAAACACGACGCCGCAAUCAUAUACAAAAGUCACGCAAUAAGACACAAUCCCCGUCAACUGGUCGUAGUCGAGGAGGUGGCGGUGUUAGUGAAUUAAAUAGUACUUUUGUAUUUGGUUGCAGUCGGCUACAGACGUCUAAAAGUGAUAUGGCAGAUUCGGAACGUUGUGUAGUGUUACCAGCGAGCGCUGUUGUGCCACCGGUUAACUUGGGCAACAUUUCACGCGCCUAUACAAAGAAAACUUUGUCACAAAUUAAGGUGUUUGUGCCACCAGAAGGCGAAAUGUGUUUAGAGAAUGAGGGGUCCGAAAAGAGUGUAAUUAAGAAAACAUCAAAAAUCUCUGGAACUGAAGCUACUACAACAAGUAGGCGUGGUCGACCACCGGGUUCUUUAAAUAAAAAUUCGAAGAAACCAAAGCUAAGUGAAUCGGCUGAAAAAACAAAAUCGAAUAAAACUGCUGUAAAUUCAUCAAAAGGUAAGACGACAACGGCACGCAACACAAAUAAGCGCUCCAAUAAAAACGAACGUGAACAAUUGGCGAAUUCGGCAAAGCCACUACCAGCGCCUACUACUGCAAAAGCGCCAGCGCGUACGAAGAAUGCGGAUCGUUCGUCUAACCGCAGACGGAAAUAA